ACUCAACAAUUUCCACGGUUUUUCUUGAUUUAUUUUUAUUUUUUUUAGAUUAAUCUCAGAAUUUCUGUUUUUCUCGCAAACCAUCGUAUUUUUGACCCAUAAAAACUGAGGGAUGCCGAGGAAAUGGGAGUACUGUUCAUGUCUACCGCUAGAGGGCGGAAAAGGACAAACGCUCCUAUUCGUCGGGGGCCGUCCCUGAUGCUAGAGGAGGGUCAUUAUGUCUGGUUCCCCAUCUCUUUGUACACUGAGUCAGAAAACCACGCUGCUUUAACACACACUUUCAGACACCGUGGACUCCUCGUGUCUGAGUCCGGCCUGAGCGUCAGUCAGAGUCCGUCCCGGAUCGCGGGGGACAGACAGCGGAGAGGCGGCAGCUGCACGGAAGAAGAAGAAGAACGAGGAAGCAACCGCAGAUGUCAUCGGUGAAGAAAAGAAACUCCAACUCCUCUGGAGGCCGGGAAGAGGACCGGCAGGUGACCGAGAGGAUGCUGUCUGCCGGCUCCAGUCCAGCCGAAACCCCGGUGAGCGACGCCCGGAGCCCCAGCAGCCUCCUGCCGGCGGAGGCAGCGGAGGACGGGGUCGCCCUGAAGCGGACCAUCACCCUGAUGAACGGCGUGGCCAUCAUCGUGGGCACAAUCAUCGGCUCGGGCAUCUUCGUGACGCCGACCGGCGUGUUUCGGGAAGCGGGCUCGGUGGGUCUGUCCCUGAUCGUGUGGGCGGUGUGCGGGGUGUUCUCCACGGUGGGAGCGCUGUGCUACGCGGAGCUCGGAACCACCAUCAGCAAGUCCGGGGGGGACUACGCGUACAUCCUGGAGGUGUACGGCUCCCUGCUGGCGUUCCUCAAGCUUUGGAUCGAGCUGCUCAUCAUCCGACCCUCCUCCCAGUACAUCGUUGCCUACGUGUUCGCGACCUACCUGCUGAAGCCCAUCUUCCCGGUGUGCCCGGUACCGGAGCAAGGGGCCAAGCUAGUGGCCUGCCUCUGCAUCCUUUUGCUGACCUUCGUGAACUGCUACAGCGUGAAAGCGGCCACCAGGGUGCAGGACUUCUUUGCUGCCGCCAAACUCCUGGCGCUCACCCUCAUCAUCAUCAUCGGCUUCGUCAAGAUCGGCCAAGGUGGAACAGAUGAACUUCUUCCUGAAAACUCUUUUAAAGGAUCCAGUUAUGAGUUUGGUAACAUCGGCUUGGCGCUCUACAGCGGACUCUUUGCCUACGGUGGCUGGAACUACUUGAACUUUGUCACUGAAGAAAUGAUCGAGCCUUACAAAAACCUUCCUCGAGCCAUCAUCAUCUCUCUGCCCAUCGUCACCACUGUGUAUGUUCUCACCAACCUGGCCUACUUCACCACCAUCUCUCCCGAAGACAUGCUCAGCUCUGAGGCUGUCGCUGUGGACUUUGGGAACUACCACCUGGGCCCCAUGGCGUGGAUCAUCCCCGUGUUUGUGGGCCUGUCGUGUUUCGGUUCAGUCAACGGUUCACUCUUCACAUCAUCCAGGUUAUUCUUUGUGGGGUCGCGGGAGGGUCACCUGCCCAGCCUGCUGUCCAUGAUCCACCCCACGCUGCUGACGCCGCUGCCCUCACUUAUAUUCACGUGUUUGAUGACGUUGCUCUACGCUUUCUCCAACGACAUCUUCUCCGUCAUCAACUUCUUCAGCUUUUUCAACUGGCUCUGCAUCGCCAUGGCGAUCGUCGGAAUGAUGUGGCUCCGCUACAAGAAGCCCGACCUGGAGCGGCCGAUUAAGGUGAACAUCCUGCUGCCGGUGAGCUUCGUCCUCGCCUGCCUCUUCCUCAUCAUCGUGUCUUUCUGGAAGACGCCGAAGGAAUGCGCCAUCGGCUUCGGCAUCAUCGCCACUGGACUGCCCGUCUACUUCAUCGGCGUUCGGUGGAAGAAUAAACCCAAGUGGAUGAUCCGCGCCAUCUUAACGACCACCGCCUGGUGUCAGAAGGUCAUGGAGGUCGUCCCUCAGGAGUCCUAAAAGACCAUCUGCCUUUUUUUUCUUCUUCUAUUUUUUACUUGGCCUCUGACAUCACACAAGAUGAAGUUUGACCUCAGCUGACGUUUCUCUAACCCCGCUCUGUCUCAGACUAAUAUACACACACACACACACACACCCAUGUUGUGCAGACUGCUGAUUAGGACCAAGUCUUCGUCGUUGUCUUGUUUUUAUGUUACCAUGGUGAUUCAGACGUUGUUGGUUUUACGUGUUUUUACUGGAUUUAUGAAGUUUGUAUUUUUUUUAGCUGUUAUUUAAAUGUUUUUCCGGAGCCUGAGGAUUUGGUGUUGAACCUGGGUUGCCGUGGCGCUCCUGACCUCUCCUGACCUCUCCUGACCUUUCCUGACCUCUCAUGGUGCAUCUGAGGCCUAACAGAGGCGGUUUCGGUUGGUUUCUGUUUCGUGGGUUAUUUCGUUUUCUACAUCUGAAGGAUUCAGGUGUUUUCCGUUCAAAGCCCACGUCUCAUUCGGUUUGUGAGCUGUGAGGUCGGACUGGGGUCACCAGGGGUCACAUAAGAGGCGCCGCUUCAGGCCGUUUAAGUACCACUCAGUGUUAUCAGGCAGAGCCGAUAAAAUCUUGUAUUUUCUCUCAAAAUGACAAACGUUUUUUACGAGUUUUGUUCUGUUUUUGUUGUUUUUGGUAAAACGGAGGCCUUUGCGCACCACGUCUGUGUUUGGUGUUCAAUAUGAACAUUUUUCGUUCUCUAUAAACAUCAGCAUAUGUGACGGUUUCCUUCCAAGCAAUCAGACCUUAUAGCUGCAGUACGUAACUUUUGUUUUUAAAAAAUGUUUUUUUACAUGUUUGAUAAAACUGUGACCAUGUCCUGAUUGUUUAAUGUGAGA